AUGUCAGACAGAAUCCAGCCGGACAGGGCCUUGGGCGAGCAGGUGUCAAAGGUGUUCGACUACUUCCUCACCCUACCCUCUGAGGUGACAUGGGUGUGGAGUAUGCGAUGGAACAUGACCAGAAUCAUUUUCACUGUUUCUCGCUACUUCGCUUUCGUGGCCGGUAGUCUGACAGCCUACAUAACCAUCGUCGCCGCCGAAGUGCUGAUUAUCAUUCGCGUGUAUGCGUUCUGGGAGCGCAACAGACGUUUAUUGCUAAUACUCCUCGCGUACGGUGUGGCUGACCUUUUUCAGUUCAUAUACCUCAUAGCGUUUGAGACAGUGCUCCUGGUACUUAUGACCCUUCGCAAGUACUUGACGUACAGAAGGGUUAAGAGCCGAUUCAUCGAACUGGUUUAUACCCAAAGUGCUUUAUAUACGUUUUUCGCAGUUGUCGGCUCUGUGUUCAACGUCAUCUGUAUUGGCGCAGCAGUAAAUAUUGUUUCUCGCCAUCUCUUCUCUGAAGCUGACAAAUCGCAGGCAGCUUACAGCAACCUGGGAGAUAAGUAA